AUGUCUUCAGGAGAGUAAUCCUUGGAUAAGAAAACAUUGUUUUCAUCUCUUGUUUAAAAAAAGUAGGCAGAGACAGAUGCUUAAAAAAUUUAGAAUCGUAUUUUAUAAUUGAAAAUCGAACAUGAAAAAGUGUUGAAACGCAUUUAACAAGAUGAAGAAAGAGCUGAUGAAAUAUAUAGACACAGAGUUGAAAUUUAAUUAAAGGUUCACUAUAAUUUCAUAUAAUGAAUAGAAAGAAAAUAAAUUAAAGUAAAAAUAAGCAUAACCUCCUCCAUUUUCACUGGCUAUAUCUCAUCAUCAAAGGCAAAUUCUUAAAAAAAUAAAGGAAGAUGAGAUGUUAAAAAAGAAAUCAGAAGCAAAACUUUUUAGAGAAUAACUAAAAAAAGAUUUUUAGAGUGUUUAAAUGCAAAAAAGUUUGGAGUAGGAAGUUUAUAGAAUAAAAGCAAUAUAAGUAAAAGAGGAAGAAAGGCAAUCUACUGAAGUAGCUGUUUUAAAAUUGAAAUAAAAAAGGGAAAAGGUGAGAUAUCAAAUAGAAAAUGAAAAAGAUUAGAUAAUUAAAGAAAAGAAGUUAUAUGAUUUUAAGAUAUCAGAAUUAGAACAAUAAGAACAAUUAGCAAUGAUGGAAUUAUAAAAUUCAUUGGCUCAUCAAUCAUAUGUUUAAAAGAAAAUAGAACAAGCUUAGAAAUUAUCCCCUAGUGAUUAUGAGAAACAAUACCAAAAUAAUAAAAACUCUGAGACCACAUAAUGA